CAGCUUCAGCUACAAGUGCUUCUUCUGCGAUACCGUCGAGCUUCUCUUCUUCAGGCGUGUUCAGUGUGUUUCCUUCCCUACUAUCGACAGGUUUUUCCUCUCCCGAUCCUACAGAAGCACCUGAUCCUACAGAGGCACCACAUCCCACAGAAGCACCUGAACCUACACAAACUCCAAGUGCCACUCUGUNAGGAGCCCNGAGCCCGCGCAGUUCUGGAAGUACCGGUAAGGCGGUUUCGGCCACUUCGGUGCCUUCUACCACCUNAAGUGGAGCAGCCGCGUCACCAACUCCAACGGCGGAUCCAACAGCUACAAAGACUCCUACUCCUACGAAGUCUCCAACUUCUUCUCCAACGCCAAGUGCCACUCCUAGUCCGUCACCCACAAAGUCUUCUACUCCUGAUCCGACGCCGACGAGUUCUCCCACUCCAACAAAGACUCCUUCUCCAACACCAACAAGGACGCCUACUCCUUCUCCAACACCUGUACCUACGCCAACUCCGACAAAGUCUCCGACUCCUUCUCCAACAAGAACCCCAGCUCCGGAUCCCGNGACGACAAGAACACCUUCUCCUACUCCAGCAAAGUCUCCAACUCCUACACCAACUCCAGUACCGGNGACGAAAACGCCUUCUCCUACUCCAGCAAAGUCUCCUACUUCUACACCAACUCCAGUAUUGGNGACGAAAACGCCUUCUCCUACUCCAGCAAAGUCUCCUACUUCUACACCAACUCCAGUAUUGGNGACGAAAACGCCUUCUCCUACUCCAGCAAAGUCUCCUACUUCUACACCAACUCCAGUAUUGGNGACGAAAACGCCUUCUCCUACUCCAGCAAAGUCUCCUACUUCUACACCAACUCCAGUAUUGGNGACGAAAACGCCUUCUCCUACUCCAGCAAAGUCUCCUACUUCUACACCAACUCCAGUACCGGNGACGAAAACGCCUUCUCCAACUCCUACACCAACUCCAGUACCGGNGACGAAAACGCCUCCUCCAACUCCUACACCAACUCCGAGUCCUACAACGUCUCCUACGCCUACAGCGUCUCCAACACCGUCACCUUCUCCAACUCCGAGUCCAACAAGGUCUCCUACGCCGUCUCCAACACCAUCACCUUCGCUAUCUCCAAGUCCGACUCCAACGGUACGUGAUAUUCUUGUUUAUUUUUGUGUCUUUACUUAUUGCUUCGNAGGCGACACCAAUACCAACGCAGAUUCUCCUGAGCCAGGUCAAUUUGCUGNGAAUGUUGAAGCUGACUNAGCAGGUGUUACUGCGCAAAGUUUUAAUUCUCCACAGAAUAACUCAGCUUUCAGAACAGCUUNGAAUAAGGAUUUGUCGAGUCAGANAGGAGCUUCUGGUAUUAAUACAACCUUUGCGCGUGCCGGUUCGACACCAUUUGCUAAUCUUUCAAGUCCUAAGGCAGUUAGAAUAUUUUUCCNAGAAGGAAGCAAUUUUUACAAUUAUUGGUUUCGCAGUGNAAAAGGUGUCGCAGAUGCCUCACUAUUGCUGCAAGUUACUGCACCUUCUCAAUCCANAGCGAAUUCUGNGAAAGCUGCAUUUGACAAUGGAAGUGUUCUUAAUUCAGCCCUUCAAUCUGUGUUCGGUUCGAAUGCAGUUGCAACAGGAUNGACUGNAAAGGACAUAUCAGUUCCUACUUCAUCUACUAGUUCUCNGAGUGGUGGUGCAANAGCUGGCAUUGUUGUUGGUUCGGUUGCCGGGGNAGCCCUGCUUAUUGGUGCGGGAGUCUUUGCUUGGUGGUGGAGAAAAAGAACAAAUCGAAAAANGAAAAGUCCCAAGGCACCUUCGGAGAAUGGUGUACAAACUAAAACUAACGGAAAUGCUAGUCAGCCUUCGCCUCAGGAUGACCACUUUUNAGAAGAAGGUUUUGCUCCAGGAUAUCCUUUAUCUCCAAGCUCACCUGCUUCAUAUUUGGCUGAAGNGACAGCCACAGGAAGAAAUGACGAAGUGGAUGUAUNAGAUUCAAAUACAGAGCAAGGAUCUCUUUUACGGACUCUUGCAAAAGAACGCAUUUNGAAUGGUANGAUACGUANAGCAGGGCCUAGACAAGGUAACUGGAAAGUGCNAGUUGCUGACUCCCGUGGCAUUCGGAUUGUAUCUUCAUGUUGUAGAAUGGCAGAUAUUAUUGCGGAAGGAGUUACUUUGGUCGAGUCUCUUGGGACGAAGAGACAAAGGCUUCCGAGGANGACUGCCCUUUACUUUAUUUCCCCAACGCACGACUCUGUUUGCCGAAUGGUUGCAGAUUUUGAUCCAGCUUUUGCACNGAAAACAGAUUUAUCUCCUUCCUCUACACGUGGUGGUAAGAACAAUGGAGAAGAAAAUGUACCUCUUUAUGGAGCAGCAAAUGUUUUUACAACUUCUAGAGUUCCAGACGAUCUUAUGCAUCNGAUUCGAGAUUCUAACAGCUUUGUUCAGUCUCNAANGAAUUUCACUGAACUCAAUAUUGACUUUUNAGCGGUGGAAGAACGAGUUUUUUCUCUGGGACACGAAUGGGGAGUUUCGAAACUAUUUUCUGGUAAUCGAAAAGUCGUCAAUGACAGCAUUGAUAGUAUCGCAAGUUCCCUAUUAUCGGUUUGCAGUGUUCUUCACUGUCGACCUCGUAUUCGAUAUAGUGCCACGCAACCUAUUGCACAAAGUAUUGCCACAAAUCUGGGAGGAAAGCUUGAUGAGUUUGAGAAGANAAUUCCUGGCGGCGUUCAGGGUUCAAGCUCAANAGGUGACAAAUACUCAACAACGCUUCUUAUUCUUGAUAGAUCAGUCGAUGUUGUUGCGCCUCUUUUGCAUGAGUAUACUUAUCAAGCAAUGUGUAAUGAUCUUCUUCCUGNAGAUGAUACUGAUCCAUAUGGAANGAAGUAUGCAUAUAGUUGCAGAGAUCUACAAGGCUCUGUCUCCUACAAAGAAGUUGUGUUGGACGAAUGGGGCGACCCUGUCUGGAAUAGAUUGCGACAUGAACAUGCUGCAGAUGCCGUCAGCAUUCUGGUUGAAUCGUUCAGAGAAUUUGUUCAAAAAGACAAAACAGCAAAGGAAGUUCNAGGAACAAAGGAUGNGAAAGACUUACAAUCGCNAAGAUCUGCUCUUGAAGACCUUCCAGCGUAUGAAGAACGGUUGUCAAAAUUUACACUCCAUGCAAAUAUUUUGGAGGAGUGUAUGCGAGGCUUUUAUGAAAAGGAUUUGGAAAGAANAAGUUUAUGUGAACAAGAUAUGGCUACUGGUGUCGAUGCAAAUGGGAAACCUAUUAAGAAUAUUAGUAUGCGCUUAUCUCCGAUUCUCAGAGAUGGUGCCGUUUCAAUGGAAGACCGACUUCGUUUGGUAUUAUUAUGUAUUGCUACACAAGAACUUUCUGAUCAAGACCUUCGUGACUUGCUUGAACNAGCAGCCAUUCCCGAAGACAAACAUAGUAUUGNAGAUGGUUUAUUCAAAUNGAAUGNAACCUUGGAAAAGAAUCGCAACAAGAAACUUAGGAAUGAAAAAAGUAGACGUGCGAGUAGUACUCAUUCACAUCAAUACGAUUUAUCCCGAUAUGUUCCAGUUGUCGGUGAGGUUAUGGAAGAUCUACUGGUUAGAGGGCUCUCCAAGGCUAGCUAUCCUUUUGNAGUUACAGAGUUUGGACCUGAUACUUCAAGCAGCGAUGACGAAGAGCAAGAAAGAGGUAGAUCCAGUAGGAGUGUACGGAGAAGGUCACGAAGUGGCAGUAUUAGAAGACGAAGAAGUGCCAGUAGAGAUUCUUCCGCUGAAAGAGGAAACAGCAAAUCCGUCAACGGAAGUGACAACGAAAGUGAGCGUAUCGCGCGAGUUUCGAGAAGUAACAACAGAAAGCGUCGGCNGAUUAUAUUUGUUGCUGGUGGUGNGACUGCUUCUGAAAUGCGUUNAGCGUAUGAACUUUCCAAGAGUACGGGUCACGACGUCAUUANAGGCGGUUCUGNGAUAUNGACUCCAAAGAAGUUCAUCGAAAACCUCAACAACGUGGUACAAGACACUAAUCAACUUUCUCCAUCAGGGUCUGUUGNAACCAAAUAGUUUGUAAUCAACUUGCUUCGCAAAAUAAAUUGUACAACGUUUCUUAUGGGAA